CUCGGAGGACCGGCACUACCGAGAGUGUUUAAAAAUUUAAAAGAUCAUGAUCAUGUGUCUUUGGUUAUGUUGGAACCGCGCUGGUAUGACCAGGCAGUUGAAAAACUGGAUGAGUUUUUCGGACCGCAGUAUCAAGCUACAACGGAGAGACGCAACCUGCGAAUGAUGAAACAAAAACCAGGUGAACGUUUUGCGGAAUAUUUGAUUCGUUUAAAACAACAGGCAUCUCAGUGUGGAUUUGACAAGUACAGUAAAGAAGUAGCUUCAACACUGCGGGACAUAUACUUAACAGAUGCAGUAGUUCAAGGAUGUUCUUCCAAUGAAGUCCGACGGAAAAUUUUGCAGAAAAAUUUGAAGUUUUCGGAAAUCGAAGACAUGGGAGUUGCGCAAGAGAGCAUAGAUAAUCAAACAGCUGAAAUGGCAGCUGGACCAUCAUCUGAAAAAGUGUUUAAAAUCGAGCACGGCGGAAGAAAAGGAAAUCCCAGAGCGGAAUAUAAGGGAUCCAGACAAGUUGAAAACAGGCGUAAUGAAAAGGCUUGUUUCAAUUGCGGACGUGUAGGACACUUUGCGGCAUCUUUCAAUUGCCCUGCUCGCGGGAAGGAAUGUAGAAAUUGUAAGAAACUUGGUCAUUUUGAACAAAUGUGCCGAAAGUUUAUGGAGAAGGGUCCGACUAAACGUCAAAUAAGAGCAAUUGACGAAUCAUCAGAGGCAAAACAACCGAAAACUGAGGAGGAAACACAUAGUUCGAAAGUGUAUUAUGCAUUCUAUUCAGGGAAUGAGUCAAACGUAAUAUCUUGUAUGCUUGGAGGAGUUUCUCUUGAAAUGAUGGUCGAUUCAGGCGCUGAUGCCAAUUUAAUUCCUAGUGAAAUGUGGGAGGAAUUAAAAAAUCGGAACAUAGCGGUAGUUUCAUCAACGAAACGAAGUUCGAAGAUCUUGAGGGCAUACGGAAGCAAAAAACCACUCACAAUAUUAGGCACUUUUGUUGCGGAGGUUGCUGUAGGGGGCCAACGCAUUCAAGCGGAGUUUUUUGUGGUAGAAAAAGGACAACGUUGCUUACUGGGUGACAAGACGGCUAAGCAACUAGGUAUUUUGAAAGUCGGGCUAGACAUAAACAGAGUGCAAGUAGAUCCGUUUCCAAAAAUGAAGGGCAUAACAGCAAAAAUCAAGAUGAAUCCACAGAUCAUCCCGGUCUAUCAGCCAAUGCGACGAAUUCCGAUACCUUUGGAGGAGUCAGUAGAUCGGAAGUUAGAUGGAUUGUUAAAAAGGGAUAUAAUCGAGAUAAAGACAGGCCCGACGACAUGGGUUUCGCCAUUGGUCGUAGUGGGAAAGUCAAACGGAGAGCCUCGUUUGUGUCUUGAGGAUUCGCGAGACGUGACAACUUUCAUAACCCGACGAGGGUUGUACCGUUUCAAGCGGCUGCCGUUCGGUUUGGUGACUGCUCCAGAGUUAUUUCAAAAGGCGAUGGAUGAGACUCUAUCUGGUUGCGAAGGAACAAUUUGGUAUCUCGAUGACGUGCUAAUUGAAGGUCAAAAUUUGCAGGAGCAUGAUAAAAGGUUGAAUAAGGUUCUUAGUCGAUUAAAAAACCGUGGAAUAGAAUUGAACUGGGAGAAAUGCCAAUUGCGAGUAUCGGAUAUAGAAUUUUUAGGACACAGUCUUAAUCAAGAGGGAAUUAUGCCAUCAAGAAACAAAAUUGGAACUAUUCUAUCGUUCCGUGAACCGCGAUGUGAAACAGAAGUUCGUAGUUUUCUUGGGUUGGCAAAUUACAUGAAUAAGUUCGUACCGAUGCUAGCCACCCUCGAUGAACCCUUACGGUGAUUGCUACAUAAGGACACCAGAUUUGGAUGGACAGAAGAACACGCAAAAGCAUUCAAUGCCAUAAAGAAAGCAAUGGGGAAUAUUGAUAACUUGGGAUUUUAUAAAGUCGAGGACCGAACUGCCAUAAUGACCGACGCUAGUCCGCAUGGAUUGGGCGCUAUCCUUAUUCAGUUCGAUAAUAGUGACAAACAUCGUGUUAUCAGCUUCGCUUCCAAAGCAUUAACGGACACAGAACAUCGUUACUGCCAGACUGAAAAGGAAGCACUAGGUAUUAUU